UGUGUUUGUCACCUAAGGUCACAGACCAAAACCAGGUGAGAAACGACUUUUCAAAAGGGGCUAUAGUGCAUCCAUGCAACAUUUUAACAAUGCAGCUCUGCUUCUGACGCUCAGUGCUGAGGUAAUGUAUGCAGCACAAAGAAACAUGCUGCUGUUGCAUGUGUGCAUCAGUGCCGGUGUUCUGCUGUGCCUCCCUCAGUGUACCACAGGCGUUUGCACCGAUGGGACACCCAAACAGUGUCAGGAAGCAGAUACCGCCCCGGGAACCAAUCUGGCAGGCGAAGGCUUUGAUAUAACCACCAUGGAGCGCAAAGGAGCCUUCGUGCUCAACAUGGAUGCAUGGCGACGCAAGGAUAAAAAAUGCACCCUGUGCGUCAACCCCUUCAUGGAGAACAAGAAGCAGAAGCUGCCUCUGUCCGUGCUGGACUGGAGGGCCAAGCAGUCCUGCAACUCCCAGGUGUCGUCCAAGCUGCACAAAUCCAGCGAGUCUCUGGUCAGCUCCACUUCUUCUUCCGUUGAGAACAACUGGAAAGUAAGCUUAGAUUUUCAAACUAUAAAAACGGGUGCGUCGUUGAUGUUGGCUGGAACCAACUCCAAAGUAGCCGAUUACUCCAUGGCGAAAACAAAGAAUGACAAGUUCAGCUUCUCAAGCCUUGGCAUGUCCUGCGAGUACUACAGCUACCGAGUGUCGAACUCGCCCAGGCUGCACAGGGAAUUCAGCAAAGCGGUGAAACAGCUUCCUCGGGUGUACAGCUCUGAAAGCAAGGAACAGUUUUACAAACUCAUCGACACCUACGGCACCCAUUACAUCAGCAAGGUGAAGUUGGGUGGAGAUGUUCAGUCUGUCACCAGCAUUCGCCAAUGUCAGGCCAGCCUGGAGAACCUCAGUGCAGAGGAGGUGCAGAUGUGCCUGAUGGUGGAGGCGUCUGCAAGCUUCAGGGUCACGGUAAAAGCUGAAUCAAAACACUGCAAGAAGGACGUAGAGAAAUCACAGAGCAAGACGGCGUUCUCAAGUCUCUUCAGCGACAGGUUUACAGAAAUCAAAGGAGGCCAUACUACAGAGCCAGACCUCCUCUUCUCUGCUGAUAAAGACCCAUCGGCCUACAAGAAAUGGCUCGAUUCGAUUCCACAGAACCCUAAUAUAAUCUCGUAUUCCCUGGGCGCUCUGCAUGAACUCCUGCCUCCUAAAUCACCAACAUGGUCCAACCUGCGCUCAGCCAUCUCCCAUUACAUCCUGGAGAAAGGUCUGGUGGUCAACUGCACCGAGCGUUGUAGAAAAGAUUCGAGGGAUCAGUGCGUCUGCCAGUGCCAAAACGAUGAAGCGGUGAACCAGGACUGCUGCCCGAAGAAGAGAGGCAUGGCCCGGUUGAUUGUAACCGCACAGAGGGCUACGGGUCUGUGGGGAGACUACUUCACAUCCACAGACGGCUUUGUGAAAAUCUUUUACAAUAAAAAAGAACACCGCUCACAAGUCAUCAACAAUAACAACAACCCAAACUGGAAUAUGGUGGUUGAUCUGGGUUCGCAAGAUCUGUCUGUAGAAAACAAAGUGAGAUUUGAAGUUUGGGACCAGGAUCAUGGCUGGGACGAUGACCUCUUGGGAUCCUGCGAGCCGCUUCUGCAAAACGGCAUCAAGGUGGACGUCUGUAACAUGAACCACGGCCGGCUGUACUUCAAACUGGAAGUGAAAUGUGCUCCGAGUCUGACCGGCGCUUUAUGCACAGAGUAUCAACCUACACCGAUGAAUCAGAGCCUGAAGAAGCUUUACGUGUCUCGUCACGCCCUUCCUAUUCCCAAAGCCAUGCUGCUGGAGAUGGGAGUGUUUCUGAACGAAUCCGUGUCUGCAAAGUUAACUUUUAGGAAAAACCAGAGUCUUACUGCUAAAAGGCAAACAUAUUAUCUUAAAUAAGGCAAAUGUUCAGCACUGCAAAAACACAAAAUUAUACCAACUACUUGUGGACAAGUUUCCAGUGCA